AUGAUCGUCUUUAAACUAACAAUUCUUUUUCUUCAAAUUCUUAUUUCAACAACACAAGAAAUAUCUAAUAUUCGAUAUAAUUCAUUAAUAUCUGCACAAUGUAAAGCUCGAUGUCUAUAUGAAUAUCGAACAUAUCAUCAACAACAACGUUCAUUACCCUCAAUGUUCAUUGAUGGAAAAACAAAACGUUUAUUGUCGACAAAUAUAUUAACAUUACCAUGGAGAUCUAUUUGGGAGCGUUGUCCACGCCUUAUCACAUGUAGUUCGUUAAAAAGUUUGGAAUGUGAACAAAGUUGUAUAUUUAUUCAAAAUCUUUAUCGACAACAAUUAAAUUGUUUGACAGAUAAUUGUCAAUCAUGUUCUUUAUCAAAUGAUUGUAUGAAUAAAAUUCCUCAAAUAUAUAAUGUUACAGCAAUUGAACGAAAAAGUCGACGAACUGUUAAAUUAAAAUGGAAAUCAAAUGGAGAAAAAAUUCUUGAACCAAUUUUUUAUGUUAUCGAAGCACAAUGGAUGUUAUCAAAUAUUAAUAUUAAUCCAUAUGAACUUGUUUCAAAAUGGGGUUUUGUUAAAGAAGAAGUUUCACAUACAAAAGCAAUUAUAAGAAAUAUUCAACGUGAUAAUCGUUGGUAUAAAUUUCGUGUUGCUGCUGUUACAAGACAUGGAUAUUCAACAUUUAGUAUGACAAAUAAACCUUUUCGUUUAACAAAUCAAUCGCAAACAGUAUCACCAAUUCUAGAUCGACCAAAGAAAUUUUCAAUAAAAGAUUAUCAAUUAAAUUUCAAUACUAUCAAUGUUACACUUCAUUGGCAAAAACCAGAUUUACCUGUCACUGGAUAUCAGAUCUCAUGGGAGUUAGACAAUGAUCAAUCAUCACUUGUAAAUAGUAUUGACAUAUCUUCAUCAUUAUCUUCAAUGGAAUUUACCAUUCCAUUUCUUUCUCUAGACAAAUCCUAUCUAUUUAAAAUUCGUUCAAUAAUCAUAGCUGAAGGCGAUCAUAUACAAACGAGUUUACCGAUAAUAAUUAAUUUUAAUUAUGAAAAUGAAUCUUUAAUAAUAAAAAAUCUUUAUAUAUCUAAACCAUAUUUUAUUAAUGGUUUAAUUAAAACAAAUAUUUCAUGGAAUAAAAUAUUAGAUCAACGAUUAAAACAAUAUGAUAUCUAUUGGAUUGAACAUGAAUGUCAUUCAGAUGUUCUUUCUUGUUGUUAUAGACGUGAUGCUGUUACAAUACAAAAUUCAUUUCAAUUAUAUGAUUUACGUUAUAAUUGUACAUAUUUAAUAACUAUACAACCAAUUGGAUUAAAACAAAAAAAUACUUUUAAAUUUUAUUUCAAUGUUAGUUCAUGUGAAUUAACAGAUGUUUAUGGUUCAAUACGUCCACCAUGUCAAACAGAUCGUAGAACAAUUGACACAUUUUCAUCAUUACCGCCAAUUGAUCUUAUUGUUACAAGAAAUCAAUCAGGAUUAAUUUUGUUAUGGCAAAAUGUUCAGUCAUUCGUUAAUGAUGUAUUCUAUCUAUUGAAUAUUGUACAAGUACCAAGUCAAUUAGAAAUUAUUUCAGUUAAACUUCAUCCGAUAAUAACAGAUUAUUUUAUUCCAUAUUCAAUAUAUGACGAUAAUCGAUAUCUUAAUGUAACAUUAAGUUUAAUUGAUAAAAUAACUAUACGACAACAACAAUCAAUAUUAAUUAGUAUUAAACAAGAAGAAUAUCUUAAUAGGAAAAUUAUUAAUAGUUCAUCAUCAUUGAUAAUAACAAAUUAUUUUCGAUAUUUACUUCUAUUUGUUAUAUUCAUUUUAUACAGUAAUAAUAAUGAUUAA